AUUUGAUGUACAACUGACUAGGGACCACACGAACAACUGAGCCAAUAAAAUCCCAAUCCGAACCGUCCAACGGAAUCCCCUGCCAUACGCGUCGUCGUCAUCAUCACUCUCUCUGUCUCUCUCUCUCUCUCUCUCUCAAACUAACACGCAGUGAAAAACGCAGAGACGAAUAGGUUAGAAUUCGUUGGAGAAUUUCAGAGUAUUAGAGAGAAAGAGAGAGAGAGAGAAAGCACCUAAGGAAUAUUCUGAGAGUUUCAUUUGAAGAAUUCUAGAUGCAGUAGCAAGAUGGGGAAGUAUGCCUUAGCUAGUGCCGGUCCUUUCUUCUGUUUUUUUGAUUGGCAGUUUUGUUUAGUUGUGCCUUGCUUGCUUGCUUAGUGUUAGGUGUUUUUUUUUCCCCUGCGGUGGCUCCUGUAAUUGGUUGUUUUAAUGAACAUUUAAGUUACCAAAAAAAAAAUAUAUGGGAAAGUACAUGCGGAAGUGUGGGGGAAUUGCGGAGGUUGCAGCUGUGGAAAUGGCUCGCGUCGGCGUGAGGACGAGAGCUCGCGCUCUGGCCAUGGCGAUCUCAGCCGCGGCAAACAGGAGGAAGAUAGGCGGCGGAGUAUCGAAACAUUCACCGUCGUUAGUUCAGCUCAGAAUCCGCCGCCGACCGAUUGCGACGCCUUUAAAUUCCGGAACACAGACGUCAUCGGACGACCACCGGAGCUCUGGCCCAAGAUCCGAUCACGUGACGACGUCGUGUUGCUCGAGUAACGCGUCAAGCGAGGUCGUCACGGAGAGCUUCAAAAUUGUAGAUCCAGAGGGCGAAAUCGUUCGAAUUGAAACACACUGCAGAGAAAGGAGAGAGAAUACACCAUCGAGCGAGAUGGAAGCAGAAUCAGGAGAGCUCGAGUCAACGGCGACACUGUCGAAGGCUAAUUCACGCAGCAAAGCAACCGCAAAAAAAUGGACGGUGAAGAUUCCGUCGGAAGCCGAAAUAGAAGAAUUCUUUGCUGCCGCAGAAAGUGAAGUUGAAAGGCGAUUUAGAGAGAAGUAUAAUUUUGACUUGGUGAACUUUGUGCCGUUGGAAGGUCGUUACGAGUGGGUUCGCGUAGGCCGUGAGGAAGAAAAUUAAACAGAAGGCCGUGAAAGACUUCUGUAAUGGCUUCCUUUAGAAGUUUCAGAUUGUUCAGCUGUUUUCUCACUACUGCCACUAAUUUAGAUUGUUCAACUAUUUUUCUAUUCA